AUGGAGGAAAUAAGUGUAGACAUGAUCGAGAGCUUAGAGGAGAUCGAACUUGACGAAAGAGAAGAAUGGGAAUUAGAUGUUAAAAAGCUCGUGAUUAAGAGCCUGAUUGGUCGUGGAAGCUUUGGUUCCGUACAUAGGGGAAUUUACGAUGGAAACGACGUCGCAGUUAAAAUGCUUGACUGGGGGAAAGAUGGCCAAGCGACAAACAUUACAUUGAGAAAAGCUUUUACGCAGGAAGUUUCUAUAUGGAAUAAGCUUGAUCAUCCUAAUAUCAUCAAGUUAAUUGGAGCUGCAAAAGGCAUGUCGGGACAAAAUAUCAGAACUGAUGAUGAUAAAAUUUUUGUUGCAAGUAAUGUUUGUAUCAUCGUGGUUGAAUAUAUUGUCGGAGGAACUCUGAAAUCGUACCUCUUUAAGAACCGGACGAGGAAGCUGCCCUUCAAAAGAGUCAUCCAACUAGCCACUGAUAUUGCAAGAGGGCUGAGUUACCUUCACUCCCAUCAGAUUGUUCACAGAGAUGUAAAGACAGAGAACAUCCUUCUUGACGAGGGGCUCAAAGCAAAGAUUUCCGACUUUGGAGUUUCUCGUGUUGAGGCUGCAAAUCCGAAUGAGAUGACAGGCCUAACGGGGACUCUUGGUUACAUGGCUCCAGAGGUACUUGAUGGUAGUCCAUAUAACCGGAAAAGUGAUGUCUACAGUUAUGGAAUCUGCUUGUGGGAGAUCUAUUGCUGUGCAAAGCCAUAUUCGGACUUCAGUUUCUCGGAACAAACAUCAGCCAUUGUUUACGAAAGUAUGAGACCAAAGAUACCGAAAUGUUGCCCAAGCUCACUUGUUAAAGUGAUGAAGAGGUGUUGGAAUUCAGACCCGGAGAAGAGACCUGAAAUGGAAGUGCUAGUGUCCAUUUUAGAGUCGAUUGACACCUCCAAUGGUGGUGGCAUGAUCCCUCCUGAUCAGCCUCAAGGUUGCUUCCACUGCUUGAUCAGGCCGCGAGGGCCGUAA